AUGAAGGCAAGGCAUGAAGAAGAAGAGAAAAAGAAAGUGAUGGAAGCGUUGGCACGCUUUGACAUUCGGUAUAGAAAGUACACCAGAGAAGCAAUUAAAAUUGCAACAAGUUACUUCUCCAGUUCAGCAAAGAUUGGAGUGUCUAUGACAAAUGACGUAUUCAAUGAAACUAAGAAACCAGUGAAGGCUGCUAGAUUGAAAGUGAUUGAGGUGCUAAGUUGCAUGAGACAUCCAAACAUGGUUCUUCUUGUUGGAGCUUGCCCUGAGUACGGAUGCCUUGUAUAUAAAUACAUGGAAAAUGACAGCUUAGAAGACCGGCUAUUCCAUAGAAACAACACUCCCGCAAUCUCAUGGAGAACCCGUUUCAAAAUAGCUUUUGAAAUUGCUAUUGCCCUUAAUUUUUUUCACCAAACAAAACCCAAGCCUCUAGUGCAUAGCGAUCUCAAACCUGCCAACAUUUUCUUAGACCGAAACUAUAUGAGCAAGAUCAGUGAUGUUGGCUUAGCCAGGCUGGUUCCACCAUUCGUGGCUGAUGGGGUAACUCAAUAUCACAUGAUAGCAGUAGCUGGGUCAUUCUGUUACAUUGACCUGGAGUAUCAACAAAUAGGGAUGCUAGGCACAAAAUUUGACAUAUAUUCGCUUAGUGUAAUCUUAUUGCAAAUUCUUACAGCAAAACCUAACAUUGGUCUAACAUACCACAUGGAGAGGGCAAUCCAGAAAGGAACAUUUUCAGAGAUGCUUGAUCCAACAGUGAAUGAUUGGCCUGUUGAGGAGGCCUUGUCAUUUGCAAAACUAGCUUUACAGUGUUGUGAGUUGAGGAGGAAGGACCGGCCUGACCUUGGUUUGGUCAUAUUGUCCGAGUUGAAUAGAAUAAGGGAUCUUGGAUCAGACAAUAAAGACACAGGUGGAAUAAUAUAUGGAGAAAGUCCACCAAAUUCAGGUUUUUGA